AAUGAAUGCCAUGAACAAUAUCUAGCAAGCUUCAACCAAUAAUUGAAAGAUUUAAUUUCUUUCACUUUUAGGUUUUACUAUUCUUUAUGAACACAAAUACCACUCAUCCUUAUCUUCUUCACUUAUAAAUUCUUGGAUCAUGUUUGCCACUUUUUCAGAAUUAUAUUUUACACUUGUCCACACUCCAUCCGAUCCUUUCUUUAAAGAACACUCCAAAACUAUUACACCUUUUCUUGUGCUGACAAACAUCUGGAGAUGUUGGGAUGCAAAUGUUUUCAUUGGAAUAAAAUAGAUUAUCUAUUGCCACCCGAAUCAGACUCCUAUUCUCUCCCAGCUUCUCUUCCUCAUUGGCCUCCAGGCUUGGGAUUUGCUUCUGGAAGGAUAAAUCUUGGGGAAAUUGAAGUCGUUAAAAUCUCGAGGCUCGAGUUCGUUUGGAUGUGCAAACUUCCACAGGAUGAGAAGAAAGGUGUUUCAUUCUACAAACCUGUAGGAGUGCCCGAAAGAUUUUAUAGCCUCGGUCACCUAUGCCAAUUUAACAACCAGCCUUUAAGAAGCUUUCUUCUUGCGGCGAGGGAGGUGACUGUUUCUAAAAUGGAAGCCACAGACGUUGCCAGCUCUGUUCGAAAUUCACCUGCUCUGCGGAAGCCCGUUGAUUAUACAUUAGUUUGGAGUUCGUAUAAUUUAAAUGAUGAAAGUUACGAUGGAUGCGGCUUCUUCUGGCUACCUCAGCCUCCUGAAGGAUAUAAGCCUUUGGGUUAUAUAGUUACCAACAAUCCAGACAAGCCAGAUUUAGAUGAAGUGAGGUGUGUUAGAGCAGACCUGACAGAUGAAUGUCAAGCUUAUCGCCCAAUACUUAAUGUCUUCUCUAAAUUUUCAUCUUUUCCGUUUGAAGUUUGGAGCACAAGACCGAGUCAUCGAGGAAUGCUAGGUAAAGGCGUUUCAGUUGGCACAUUUUUCUGCGGUAGCUACUGGUCAUCUGGAGAGGAACUGAAUAUUGCUUGCUUGAGGAAUGUAAAUCCUGAACUACACGGCAUGCCAAAUAUCGAACAGAUCCAUGCGUUGAUUAACAACUAUGGUCCCACAGUGUUCUUUCAUCCGGAUGAAGUUUACUUGCCAUCAUCUGUUUCAUGGUUUUUUGAAAAUGGAUCGCUCUUAUACAGAGCUGAUGAUUCGACAGGCGAACCUAUCGAUGUUAGUGGCUCAAAUUUGCCAGCUGACGGGACAAACAAUGGCGAAUUUUGGAUAGACUUGCCUUGUGAUGAUCGUCGAGAUACUGUCAAGAAAGGAAAUUUGGAAAGUGCAAAACUUUAUAUUCAUGUGAAGCCUGCAAAUGGUGGAACUUUCACCGAUCUGGCAAUGUGGAUAUUCUGUCCGUUCAACGGACCAGCGACUCUGAAAAUCGGACCCGUAAAUUUUCCGUUGAGCAAGAUUGGGCAGCAUGUGGGUGACUGGGAGCAUGUCACUCUUCGCAUAUGCAACUUUAACGGAGAGCUUUCAAGUAUGUAUUUCUCUCAGCAUAGCGGUGGCAAAUGGGUGGAGCCUUAUGAUUUGGAGUACAUAAACGGCAAUAAACCCAUAGUUUACUCAUCUAAACAUGGACAUGCUAGCUAUCCUCAUCCCAGAACCUACAUCCAAGGUUCUGCAUUUCUCGGGAUUGGAAUACGAAACGAUGCAGCUCGUAGUAAUUUAUACGUGGAUUCAAGCACCCGUUACGAAGUCAUUGCAGCUGAAUAUCUAGGAGGAGAUAUUAUUGAACCUGGUUGGUUGCAAUACAUGAGAGAGUGGGGUCCAAAAAUAGUGUACAAUUCAAGAAGUGAGUUAGACAAAAUACUUGAUCGUUUGCCGUUGAUGCUUAGAUAUUCUGUGCAGAACAUAGUUUAUAAGCUUCCAGUGGAGCUUUCCGGGGAAGAAGGUCCUACCGGACCGAAAGAAAAGAACAACUGGAUAGGAGAUGAAAGGAGCUAAGCAUGUUAGCUGAGUUCCUGGAUUUUCUUGCUCCAUAUGUGAGUCUCAUUCACAGCUUUUAAAUCAUUGAAUCACACGGCUUGAUUUUGUAUUAUUUAUGUAUUUCAUUUUCAUUCAUUCUUGUAUAUAAAUUUAAAGAGAGAGUUUGAGUUUUCUUAAGUUAAAGGUCAUAAUUUUACAGUGUAA